CACCUCCAGCCAGUUGGGUAACGUGGAUGUGAGACCGCUGGCGGGCUGUGGAGCCGGGGCUGCGCCUUCCGGGGAGUUGGCACGCGGGACGGUGAAGGUGCGCUUCGCGGCGCGGCGCGGCCUUUCCUGGAAGGAGCGAUGGGGCGCGCGGGCGCCGGGGAGCGGACGCCGGUGUAGUAGGCGCGGUGCCUGGCUCGGGAGAGCGGCGGCGGCGUGCGCGGGGAGGCCUGUGAAGGCCGCCGCCCGGAGCGCCCGGCCUCUGGCGCCAUGGCCCCCAUGGGCAUCCGCCUGUCCCCGCUGGGGGUGGCCGUGUUCUGCCUGCUGGGGCUCGGCGUGCUCUACCACCUCUACUCCGGCUUCCUGGCCGGCCGCUUCAGCCUCUUCGGCCUGGGCAGCGAGCCCGGCGGCGGUCCGGCGGGCCCCGUGGUCGCGGCCGACGGCGGCACCGUGGACCUGCGCGAGAUGCUGGCCGUGUCGGUGCUGGCCGCCGUCCGCGGAGGCGACGAAGUGAGGCGCGUCCGCGAAAGCAAUGUCCUCCACGAGAAGUCCAAGGGGAAGACGCGCGAGGGAGCCGACGACAAGAUGACCAGCGGGGACGUGCUGUCCAACCGCAAGAUGUUCUACCUGCUCAAGACCGCCUUCCCUAACGUGCAGAUAAAUACGGAGGAACAUGUGGAUGCAACCGAUCAGGAGGUUAUCUUAUGGGAUCGUCAAAUUCCUGAGGACAUCCUGAAGGAAAUAGCUACCCCUAAAGAGGUACCAGCAGAAAGUGUUACUGUCUGGAUCGACCCACUUGAUGCUACACAGGAAUAUACGGAGGAUCUUCGAAAGUAUGUCACUACUAUGGUUUGUGUGGCUGUAAAUGGUAAACCUGUUGUAGGAGUAAUACACAAGCCAUUUUCUGAGUAUACAGCUUGGGCAAUGGUAGAUGGUGGGUCAAAUGUGAAAGCCCGCUCUUCCUACAACGAGAAAACCCCAAGGAUCGUUGUGUCUCGCUCCCAUUCAGGAAUGGUCAAACAGGUUGCUCUUCAGACUUUUGGAAACCAAACUACAAUUAUCCCGGCUGGUGGUGCUGGUUAUAAAGUUUUAGCACUCUUGGAUGUGCCUGAUAAGAGUCAAGAAAAAGCUGAUCUAUAUAUUCAUGUGACAUACAUCAAAAAGUGGGAUAUAUGUGCUGGCAAUGCCAUCUUAAAAGCCCUCGGGGGUCAUAUGACUACCCUGAGUGGUGAAGAAAUCAGUUACACCGGUUCUGAUGGCAUUGAGGGAGGGCUCCUGGCUAGCAUCAGAUUGAACCACCAAGCUCUGGUCAGAAAACUCCCAGAUCUGGAGAAGACAGGACAUAAAUAAGCGAAGUUAAUUACAGAUCACAGCUCUUCCAGAGCUAUGGUCAGCAUGAAAUGCUGGAGGCUUCAAGUGAUCGGUGGAGACUGCACGGUUAAGGCCAUCCUGAACUUUUUAAAGUAUUUAUGAAGCAUCAGAGACUUACCUUCCUUGUAAUAGGAUGCAAGAUCAGGGAAGAUGGGUUGCUUCGUGUCUCAAGUAUUGUCUUUAUUUUUGAGACUAUUUUUGAACAGCUGUCAUACACAAGGCGUGCAUAUGUGUGUGUGUGAGAGAGUGUAUGUGUGAAUUAAAAUCUAUAGCUGAGU